AUGGAUCGCUCAUAUUCUCCAGAAUCGCUUGAGCGAAUGUCGAGUCCGGAAUGGGGCCUCGACGAUGACUCGCCACCAUCUGUGCCCAAAGUUACUGCGCCUAAAGUUACUGACACGCGCGUGAAUUCAGAGGCCGCUCUUCCCUUAUACCCGACAAGCGUAGACGCUGAAGUUGGCUCAACAGCCCAGGGAAACAUCUUCGUGUCGGACGAUGACGUCAAAGAGGGACCGCCCGUGAAGCGCCAGUCCAACAAAGUUCAGACGAUCAGCGAGCCAUCAGAAGACGAUGGGCCCAUUGCCGCCACACGCCAGCGCCACAACCUACGCUUGUCAACGCGCAAGGCCACCAAGCCGUCGCCAAAGAAGCCUGCCAAAGAGACUGUUAAGAAACCCGGUCCGACACCGAGUAAACCAAGACCCGUCAUGAAAAACGACUUGAAAGCCAAGAAAGCCGUCAUCAAAGGAAUUGAAAGCUACUGGGGCAAGAACUGGGUCGGGAACUACAUCCCCAAAUGUCACCGUCCUCUGUUCAAAAACGGCCAAAUUCGCAUCUACAUGCGCGCCCACGAGAACGACCCCAUGAAGUGGCUCCCCUCAGUCCUCAAAGCCAUCUUGAUGGUCGCCAAGCUCACAAAAAACCGAAAGUGGCUCACUGCUGCAAUGACAGAAGUCGUCCGCUACCGCGUCAAGAACACUGGGAAUCGGAAGCCACAGCUCGCCACCACAGACUUCGAUGUUAUGGAAGAUAUGUUGGUGAAAGAUUGGAAAAUGGACUUUUCUUUUGGGAUCAGGUAUAAGCAUUUGCUUGUUAAUGCUAAGGAGAUCCAGGGUGAGGAGGAUGUGGAUAGGAUUAUGAGGGCUAGUGAGUCUGAAGAUGAUGGUGAGGAGGGCAGUGACGGCAGCCAGGACAGUUCUGGGGGGUCCGAUUCAGAGUCGGAUGACGACGUCAAGCAGCAGCACAGCGGAGGUGCUUCAAACGGUCACCAGGUGAUGGGUGGCUACCAUCAGCCCCCUGCGUUGAGUCCUCGCGGCAAGAAGCACAAGACACCAAAGAAAGAAGCCGUCAAGGAGGAGUCGCCGACACCACCUCAUCAACCACCGCCUGGUAAGUAUGGUGGCUACUACUGUCAGCCGCCCAUCGAUCAAUGGGGUCGUCCGAUGAUGAUGCCUACCCAAAGCGGCGGAUUUGGUGGCUACGGUGGUUAUCCAGGCUUCAACAGCUACGGCUAUCCACCAUUUGGCCAGCCCCAGUUUCCCAAUCAGGGCCGCCAGGCUGCCCAUCAACCCUCAGUCAUGUACGCCCCUCACCAACUAUCACCCAUGGCCCCUUCGCCUAGUAUGCUAGGCCCCGAGCGCCUCGAUCGCCACACUCCCAAGAUCAAGCGCGAGUCGCCCGGCCUUGACGGCGAGCAGGUCAACAACUUCGGUAAUCCAGGAGUUUUCGGUCACGAAGGAGCCAUCGUCGACGACGCACCGAUGGCCGAAGACGAGGAGGGUAUCAAUGCAGCGAUGGCCGUCGUUGAAGCGGAGCUCAAACUUGCACGUCUUCGUGCCAAGAAGGCGAUGAUGGCGAAGAGGUAGAGUUAUUCGAAGGUAUCUUUGGCACUAGCUUUGACUUCACUUGGGCGAAAUGCACUGCGUUGGUCAGUAAACAUGAGCUUCACUCCUUUCCAACAUUACGGUGAGGCUGUGAAG